UUAUUAGAGGCGGGAGCUCUCUGUGGAGCCGAGCGGAUGAUUAGGCAAUACACCUGGCUGUCAAGAAAAGUGCGCCUACCUGUCACUUCCUGCUGUCGGUAUUUUUUCACUUUCCCUUCUUUAACGACUAGAGAUAAUUUGGCAAUCACUGCCAUGAUUGUAUGAUUUCGUCUAAUGUAUCCCGCACGGUUUGUGGACCCUGCAGAUCAAACGUUACGACUUUGGCUUCAUGUUCGGCUCAAAUGAGGAGUAACCCCCCAGGAUACCGCUGGGAAAACACCGCUUUGGUUUAAUUAACCACCGUGGCUGGACACGUUUUAAUGUGAACUCAUAUUAUCGUCUUUAUUAAUACAGCAGCAGCAGCAGCAGCGAGGGACUCCGCCUGAUGGAAAGGAACAGCUGAAGAGAGAGGAAAUGCGGGAGAGAAAGAGUGGAUGACACACAGCAAAGGGCCGCGGGCUGGACUCGAACCCAAGCCGCCGCGGCAAGGACCCAGCCUUGUACAUGGUGCGCGCGCUCUAACAGGUAUGGAUGAGAGGUUAUGUGUGCCCCCCAGCUAAAGGCCUCUGUCGCCCUGACCUCUGCAUCCCACCAGUCCCUCUGUGAGCAUGUAUCGCAGGAACGGGCUCUCGGAUGGCACCAGCAUCAAUUCAGUCACCUCAGAGGCCAGCAGCAGCUCUGAUUCUCUGGAUGGACCUUGUAUGGACUACGCCAAGAGCUACGAUGCAGUUGUCUUUGAUGUGCUGAAGGUGACACCUGAGGAGUUUGCUAGCCAAAUCACCCUGAUGGAUGCACCAGUCUUCAAAGCUAUACAUCCAGAGGAGCUGGCCAGCUGUGGAUGGAAUGGGAAAGAGAAACACAGUUUGGCCCCCAAUGUGGUCGCCUUCACACGCAGGUUCAACCAGGUGAGCUUUUGGCUGGUGAGAGAAAUCUUAACUGCCCAGACGCUGAAAAUCCGAGCAGAAAUACUGAGCCAUUUUGUCAAAAUAGCAAAGAAACUGCUGGAGUUGAACAAUCUUCAUUCUCUGGUGUCAGUGGUGUCUGCUCUGCAGAGCGCUCCCAUCUUCAGACUCAGCAAAACCUGGGCGUUGAUCAGUCGGAAAGACAAGGCCACAUUUGAGAAGCUCAACUAUCUGACAUCCAAGGAAGAGAACUACACCCGCAUGAGAGAAUACAUCCGCUCCCUGAAGAUGGUGCCCUGUAUUCCUUACCUUGGGAUCUACCUGUUGGACAUGAUCUACAUCGACUCAGCCUAUCCUGCAUCAGACAGUAUCAUAGAGACAGAGCAGCGGACCAAUCAGAUGAACAACCUUCUGAGGGUCAUCUCUGACCUGCAGAUGUCAUGUAACUAUGAUCACUUGGUGACCCUGCCACAUGUCCAGAAAUAUCUGUUGUCAGUUCGCUACAUAGAGGAACUCCAGAAGUUUGUAGAGGAUGACAACUUCAAGCUGUCACUGAAGAUUGAACCUGGCAACAGUUCCCCUCGCAUCGCUUCUUCCAAAGAAGACCUGGCAGGUCUGUCUGAGGUAUCUGCCUCUCUGAGGUAUAACCGACGGCCUACCUGCCCUGAUGCCUCUGUAGGGGUUCAUAUUCCCACCCCCCCUCCCUCUCAUCACAGGAAGAGCCAUAGUCUGGGAAACAAUAUGAUGUGUCAGUAUGGCAUGUCAGAGAGCAGGAGUGCCACAUUCCCCAUAGAGAAAGCUCGACACCUGCUGGAUGACAGCUUCUUAGAGUCUCAGAGUCCAGUCAGAAAUGAUCCACACAGUACAUCUGUGUCCAAUGGCCUGUCGUUAGGCAGCAGUGAAAGCUCUUUUGGGGAAGAGCUGUCACCUGGAAUGGAUAGGGGCCGCAUGUACGCAACACUGGGCCCCAACUGGAGGGUCCCGCUUCGCAACUCCCCCCGGAGCCGCAGCUAUGUUUACAGCUCCUCUGCUGCCAACUCCUGCUAUGGAUGCAGCGAGGCCGGCAGUGUGACCAUUGAAGGACCCCUGCGAAGGAAAACGCUGCUGAAAGAGGGACGGAAGCCCAGGUUGUCAUCGUGGACCAGAUUUUGGAUCACUUUGUCUGGAUCAACACUAACAUUCUAUGGGGCGAAAGCACUGAGGGCCUCUGAGAGGAAACAUUAUAAGUCCAGCCCCUGUAAGAAGGUGUGUGUGACUGGAUGGAUGGUGGUGCUGCCAGAUGACCCAGCCAGACCCAACAUCUUCCAGCUCAAUGACCCGGACAAAGGCAAUGUUUACAAGUUCCAGACAGGAUCCAGGUUUUCAGCAAUCAUCUGGCACAAAAACCUGGAGGAGGCUUGUAGGAGCAGUAGACCUCAGAUACCAGCAAACCUCAUGUCAUUUGAAUGAGAGCAGACCUUACCCAGUGGAACAUUAUUGUGCCAAACCCAUUUGUUUGGGAAGUAUAGACUAAAUGAUGGAACACAGUGGAAUAAAAACUUGAAAAAGAGAUUUGAGUCAAGAAGCAGCUGACACUGUAGAAGAAGCUCUUUGAUACUGGAUGUGUGACUGCAUAUGCCAACACACCUGCUGUUUUUUUCACCAAGACUAAAAGUGGAAAAAUCCAGUCAAUGGAAGACUAAGCUUCCUUGUUCACUGUCAUUCGCUACGCUGCUAAAAACAUGUGAGCAAGCACAUAGUUUUUUUGGCCCAUGUUGGGUUUCUGCUUCAGUGAAAAGAUGCAUCCGUGCACAAAUGUGAACAAGAGUGUUAGUCUACUGAUGUUGAUCUUCGGUUUGCAGACCAGUAUUUUACGGCCUUCAAAUGGAGCUCGGGUUUUCAACAUGGAAAGUUGAAGACACCUCUGUUGUUCAAGUGGUUAAAUUUGCUAUUGCAAUGUUUUUUCUGCAUUUCAACAUCACACCAAGGAGGAAGAGUAGGCAACAUUGUCAAUACACAUCUCAACUUGUGAACUUGGAUCUAUCAGAAAAGGUCUUGAGUCGUGAGCAUGGAAAACGUGACCCCGUUUGAAGGCCUCAUUAAUACCAUUAAAGAUCAACACUGCAGCAAAAAGGACAGAUGAUGUGUCUUCAUCACCUUCAGCCCUGUGACUUACAGCUUGAAUAAUUCUGAUCCAAAAUAAGAGAAUUCAUAGUUGUACAAAAACAAUAUGAAAACAUGAAGUUGGCUUUAAGAGCCUGUGUUAAGCAGCCCUGGAUUGGUUCACCUGUUCACCCCUCGCUACCUCAGUUGGUAGUCCUCCUGUCACAGGUGUUUGCUGAUGUACAUGAUAAGGUUUACAAAUAGCAACAAUUAAUAUUUUGUACAGAAAAUAUCUAAAUUAGUCAAACACCAUGGGAAUGGGACUGAACGAGGUGAUAAUUACAAUCAAUAAUGCAGAAGACAGCCAGCUGUUGUCUACACCAGUAUGCCAAUGCAGCUGGUGGAGAGAAUUUAAAGCAAUUUACAAUGAAGUACCAAGCUUUCAACAAUCAUUUGUGUGUAAAUACUGUAUUUAUUUGUAAAAGAGUUUAUUUUUUGACCGUUGGCCAUCAAAGGGAAAUGGUACGAUGGAUUAUCUUUGAUUCACCACCUGCUGCAGGAAGCUGCACCUCAGAGUGACUGUUGGUGGGAAGCCACCCUAAAAUAGUUUGACUCCUGAUCUCCAACUGAAGGACACUGGAAUAAGGGAAGACUCCAUCAGCAUCAGUACUGUUAAAUAAUCUGCUUCAAAAGCAAAAUGUUGUGUUAAAUGUCCAGUGUGAAGGAUUUAGUGGCAUCUAGUGGUAAAACUGCACUUUGCAAUCAUUUGGAUACCGCUCGCAUCAGCCUCCCCUUUCAAGUGUGUUGGAGAAACUACGGUGGCCGCAAAACUCGCGAAAAAACGCAAACAGUCCUAUCUAGAGCCAGUGUUUGGUUUGUCAGUUCUGGGCUACUGUAGAAACAUGGCGACCUCCAUGGAAGGGGACCCGCUCCCAAUGUAGAUAAAAACGGCUUAUUCUAAGGUAAUGAAAACGCAACGAUUCUUAUUUUCAGGUGACUAUACACUAAUGAAAACAUAUUUAUAAAUAUUAUAUUCCAUUUAUACCAAUAGAUCCUCCUAAAUGUUACACACUGGACCUUUAAAUUUAAAGGUUAUUUCUGCUUUAUUACAACAUAGAUUGGACUUUAUUUCCGUAGGUUUGGCCAUUAUUCCUAUCAGUAAAAGACAUUCACAGUGUUGUACUCAGUUGUUCACAUGAAAAGUGACAGAAAUAGUCAUGUAAUAAACAUGAAACAAGAGAGCUAGAGAGAGUUAAAAUCCCGACUCCUUUCUCACCUCCACACAGCUGACCAAUCACUGUGUGAAGUGGGUGUGAAAGUCAGAUUGUCAGUUUCAGUAACUUACAGAAAUUGUCGGACACAUCCCCCCAAUUUCAAGAUCGGAAAGGUAUGGGGGGAAGAGGUUUCCAAAGAUGUUCGAGUGUCAGACAUGCAGUUCUGAAGAAGUAUACUGACACCUUUAAGUGUCAGUAUACUUGUCAGAUGGCUGUACAGAGUCUGGGACAAUGAGGGAUUAUUAACAACAUUACAGGUGCGCUCACGUUCAGUCUCAUCUCCAAGUAAAGCGGUUUAGAUAAUCUGGAUAAACUGUUGGUUUGUUUCUAACCUGUCUGAUCAUCUGAUGUUCUCAGAUCUCUUUAUUACUUUAGGUACCCUGUUAUCAUAACUGCUGGAAACAAUGGCCAGAGAAUGAAAAUAAGAUCCAAGUUGUAAUAAACUGGAAUUAUCCUAUAAGAGUAGAACUGAAACUGAAAUUAAGUUAAACAUUUACUAAUAGAUGUCAUAUUUGUAAUGUUUCCUUGUUGUAAAUCAUGGUAACUGGUCAGUCAUUUAUGAUAUCAGUCAUAACGGUAAAAAACAGGAAUGAAAUCGUCACUUGUCAAGAGUAAUCACAUUCAGAAUCAUAUAAGUAUAAUGAUGUUUGUUUUGUUUUUCAGAACUCAUUCAAGUAUUGUCCUUAACAAAAAAUUUAGUGGACUAGUCAGGAUUAUUUCAACUAGUCCAUUUUUUUCUCCAGUAUUAUUGUCAGUCUUCAGUUGAAUGCAAAUUCUAGAGGACCAUGGUGAUAAUGCCUGUUUAAGCCCAUUUACAAAAAAUGAUAUACUUUACAUCACAGCUAAUAAUUCUGGAAGUCAUGCUGCUUUGUUUCAGAAAUUAGAAUUGACUGUUCUUACUGUUCCAGGCAUUCAGUGGAUUCCAUCCAUUUCUGUGGGGUACGGAAAUCAAUUAGCAGACGCUUGAUACUCGCUUGAGUCUUGUAAUCCAUCACAGUGAACAUGCCGGACUGAUAUAUAUUUAUAUAUAUCAGCUUAUUGUGGACAUAUCAGUAUCGGAGUAUAAUGUAUGCCACUCAAGAAUGGUGUGGUCAGUAGAGAAAUGUCAAAGAUAUGUUUGAGGUCAUUUAGAAACAUUUCAUAAUUGGUCCACCAGAGAGCACUGACAAGUUUAUUUUCAGCCAUGCUAGUGUUAUGGCUCUAGGGAUGACAAUGUCAGUCGGUCGGUAGGUCGGUCCACCAUUUUGGUCCAGACUGAAAUAUCUCAAAAACUGCUGGAUGGAUUGUCAUGAAAUUUGGAUCAGACAUUCGUAAAAUGUCCCACUCACUACAUAUCUUUGCAGAAUGAUUAGCUGUGAUAUAAAGUAUAUACAUUUUAGUAAAUGGACUUAAACAGGCAUUAUCGGCACUAUGGUUCUCUAGAAUUUCAAAAACGUUUGUGUUUAUGAGAAAUCUAUCGACUGCAAAAUUGUGAUUUGAUUUUUUACACUUUCAAAUAUCAAUAUCUGUUUUGUCAAGUGAAUUUAUUUAUAGAGCAACUUUAAAAACAAGAAAUGUUGACCAAUGUGCUUUACAGAGAGAUGACAAUUACAAUCAAAUAAAAACACAAACAUAAUUAUGAAGUUAAGAAGAUCAAUAAGUCAAUUAAUAAUAGAGUAAGAAUCAAUGAGUUUGGAUAAAAUCAUAAAAAUACAGGUGUAUUGCAUUACAUUACACACAAUAAAUACUAAAAAACAGUGUAAGCGGUCAUGUCUUCAUUAUGACUAUUAAAAUGAUAAGGAAAGGCUAAAGAAAUUAGACUUUUCUUUAGUAUUGGCCUCUAAGAUUCAGUCAAGCUCUACAUCAAGUCUGCAUUCAUUUUUCAUUUGUGUUACAUUAUUAUUAUGAGCUAAUGUAAUGUAAUGUGUAGAUUUUAUAAAGCAACCUGCACUUAAACUACAUUAUGUUGCAACAAUAUUGUAACGUUUACAAAAAUGUGUGCAGAUUUCAUGUAACUGAUUACACACCCCAAGCAUGUUUCAAGGGUCUUCUAAUUGGCUUUCAAACGGAACGGAAACCAGUGGCUGCCUGGAAUGAUAAACACCCUGGGAAGAUCCUUUUAAUAAAGAUCAAUUACAUUUCUUCUUAUUGUAACAAUAACGAUAUGGCUAUAAUGUUCCUCUAACCACUAGGGAAUAUUAGGCAUUCCUCAUAAAUAGACCAUAAAAUGUCCACUCAUCACCUGUGAAUGACCGAGCCUGUCUUUUUGUUCAGUAUUUAGAAUUGUACUAUUUUAUUAUUGCAGUUCAAGGUGUUCUGUAUUGAUUGACAUUGUUGCAUCACAUUUUUGAUUCUUUCAUGUCACUCUGCUGUUGCUGUGCAGUAUAUUCAACUUUGUUAUUUAUUUCACAUGCUAUUGGAAGGGUAAAACUUCAUUAAGAAGUAAAGAAACAGUUGAACAUGUUCAGGUAAUGGCAUAUUCUUGUUUAAUGUCUUGACCAGAGUCAGAUGUAAAAUUCAGUAUUAAUUUCAUCCGUGCUUGUCCAAUAUAGACAUACAUCUGCUCUCAUCUACAUUUUGGUGACAGUGACAAUAAGAGGACACGGUUCCGAGAGAUUAUAGUGAGAAACCCAACCUGAAACUAUAAAUGUGAGGGGGACAAAAAUACGAUUUUGACAUGACUCCAUACUUAGUCUGUAUGUUUCUGUAUUGUACUAUAAUUGGGGCGGUGUGUAUAAAAAGUCCUAUACUUUUCACCCAGUAGGGAUAUAACAUACAUCCUCACACACCUUAAAAGCUGAUCGUUAGCACUUUAACAUCAUAGUCAUUGCCCAUUGUUCCAUUAUGCUGGAGUUGAACUGAAAUAGCAAAAAGCAUUGUCACUGUUCACACUCCUUUCUGACUGUACUGGAUCAUUUAGCCUGGCUACAGCACAAAGACUGGAGCAGGGGGAACUGCUAGCCUAGCCUAGCCUAACAAUGCCUUCAAGCAACUCCAGAGCUGUCUUAUUUACAUGUUAGCUACAAGCUAGUCACCCAGGUAACUCCAGUGUUCAAACCUGGCAACCCCACUACAGGACUUCUAGAUGCUGUGCGGAGGGCUGGGUAUCAAACUCAGCUCAAUACUUUUUUAGUAUAGACCAAACUAUGUUGGUAGCACUUAGUAUCGAAAACUGCCAAAAUCUGGCAUUGCAUGUCUGAUCAGGUUUGUAAUCUUGUUUACUUAUUCUUUAAUCAGAAAGUUUCUGAUUUAAAUCAAAAAUUUUAUUUAGGCAACGUGCUUGUGCUUAGUUAACAUUUAACAUUUGAGAACUUUAGAUUAUUUCAAAAUGUGCUCUAGCUAGGCGACCCAGGUGAUCUGGACAACAAUAUUUUGUACAGAGAUGAAACUGACACUUCUCAUCUGACUUUGGGUAAGACCACAAAAGCUUGUGAUAUAUUUGCUUUUUACCAACUUAGAAUAUUCUGUAUGUAAUCGUGUACCACAAAAAUUCAUUAUAUCAUGAUACAUAGUACAUUUAUCAUUUUGAUACAGUACAUUUUCUCAAAAAUGAAUUGUUUGUGGAUAAAAUACCCAGACAGGAAUGGCUGUUUUUGGUUAAUGUAGCAAAUGAAAUACCUGACAAAUCAUCCAAAAAUCAUGUAAAAAUCCAAUAUUGUCAUAAAGCAGUCCAGCUAAAGUUAUGUGCAACAUGUGUAACAUUGUGGCCACAAUGGCUAGUGCUCCCAGAGAUGUUGAGGGGAGAGCUACACAGGCAUAAAUGGUAUGGUAAAAUCUCAGACAGUUGAUGAAUGUAUAUCAACUCAUUUAUUUAUUAUUGUCAUAUCGCCCAACCAUAACCUGGGGUAUUAAAAAGUGUAUUCACCAGGGGGCAGAUCACGGCCUGGAUAUAAACGCCAGAAUAUCUUCCAUGAGAAUUUAUGAUUUUGCACAAGGCAAAAAUAACAUGGUGUCAAUACAUAUUACUGUAUAUUGUUAAUGCUAAGAUCAUGGCAGAAAAAGGUGACAAGCUCUAUUAAUUUCUCUUCAAAGCUUUCUGCCAUUGUGAUUUGUUCAGUCUACUGUUGACCUUACUUGAUAUCAUAGUAUCUGACAUACUGUUCAUGUGCUUAAUGGCAUCUUGCAUGUUGACAUGUGUGUUAUCCUGCAUUCCUUUGAAUGGUGUCUAUAGGUGGUAGCCAUCAUGCACACACAAACGGUUAAUUAACAGCAAGUAUAUCACGAGCCAAAGAUGCACAUUCUCUCGUUCUUUUGUUCUUAUUUUCUCGUGUUCUUUUGAAGAAUUUUGCCAGAUUUAGCAUGGAUUGUUACAAUUUGGACUUUCUAAAUGUAUAAAAUUAAUGCCAAGUAUGUGUCACCACAGUUUUCAUGAACUUAUCAGUAAGUUGUUAAAGUAAAUGUGAUGUUUUUUUAUAGCCAAUGAGAAUCUUUGAGUGACUGAUCAUAUCAGCAGCACUAAAGUUUAGUCUGCCUGCUAGUUAUUCAAGUGAACUGUAGCUAUCAGAUAAGUGGGUUUAAAAAUGUUUCUAUUAUUUGUUCCCCAAAUAAUUACAAACAUCCCACUAACAUGUCAGCAUGUGCCAGUGACUUUUCCAAAAUGCAGCCAUUGUUAGUUUAGAUGCAGCUUGACCCAACAUUUCUCUCACAAAUGCUGACUCAAGAACCAAAAGAUCUCAAAUCUAGAAUCACUUCUCUCAUCAUUAGCAGUGGGGGUUUUCUAUAACUGAUUACCAAAAUGCAUUUGAUCCAAAUGUAGUGUAUGUUAGCAUCAAUUUCUACAUGAUUAUGUAUUUCAACAAGUAUUGCUUUACUCCUUUCUUUCAAUUGUUUUGAUACUUGUAUACAGUAUGUCAGAUCUAAACAAAUUUCAGUUUUUAGCCAAUUCCUCUGAGGAAAAACGGAUUGUGUUCUAUGGGACAUUGCAUGUAUUUUUGUGUACAAAAUUUCUAGUGUUGUAACUGUGAAAAAGAUAACCGCUGGGUUGUGAUUAUCAGUCUGUGAUCAUUUUGCCAAGUUAUUUCAUACCAUGGCAUUGCUAUAUGUUACUGUAUUUUUCAGCUUCAGACACUGAAUUGGGAAUAAAAUGCAUUUAUGGAAA